AACGACAGUUAGCAUUAGCAUAUCUUCCACUCCACCCAAAUUCCACAACAAUAAUGAAUACAAUUUUCCAUUUUCCAUUGAAUGAAAUUCAAUCCCUUCCUUUUUCAAUAUAAAUCCGAUCCCAAAUCGAAAACAAUAACAAACGAACGAACACUUCAAAUAAACACUCUGUUCUUAUUCUUGUCUUGUUUUUUAGGGUUUAGUUGUUGUUGUUGAUGUUGUUUCUGAUCGAAUUGAAUUGAAUUGAACAUUAUCAUGAUGAUGGAAGGAGCGAGCAAUGGAGGCAUGUUGUACCACGAGGUACAAGAGUCCAAGCUCUGCGCUGUGCAUUGUGUCAACACCGUGCUUCAAGGUCCCUUCUUCUCUGAAUUCGACUUGGCUGCUCUCGCUUCCGAUCUCGAUUGCAAGGAGCGUCAGAUGAUGAUGCUCCCUUCCCUUGCCUCCGGUGAUUUUCUAUCUCAUGAUUCCCAUAAUGUCUCCCUUGACGGUGAUUUCAGUAUCCAGGUCUUACAAAAGGCUCUGGAAGUGUGGGACCUGCAAGUUAUCCCUCUUGACUCUCCUGUUGCCGAGCCUGCCCAGAUCGAUCCUGAGCUGGAAAAUGCCUUCAUCUGUCACUUGCAAGACCACUGGUUUUGUAUCCGUAAAGUGAACGGGGAGUGGUAUAAUUUUGACAGCCUCUACGCAGCCCCACAGCACCUUUCCAAGUUCUACCUUGCAGCCUAUCUUGACUCUCUGAAAGGUUUCGGAUGGAGCAUAUUUCUGGUGAGAGGAAAUUUUCCGAAAGAGUUCCCCAUCUCCUCAUCUGAAGCUUCUAAUGGCUUCGGACAGUGGCUUUCACCUGAAGAUGCUGAGCGGAUAAUUAAAUCAUGCAGCUCAGUACAGGCUCCUCAACGGGUGAAUAAUGAGCGCCAACAGCGUCAGGAUCAGUUUCUGUCUCGCGAGGAAGCUGAUAUGUUUUCCGAGAUGGAGGAUGAGGAUCUAAAGGCCGCGAUAGCAGCUAGUCUGAUGGAUUCGGCCCCAGCUGUGACCAAUGCUGAAGCCAGUUCUCCUCAAAUUGGUGAUCAAAGUAGUAAGCAAGGAGCAACUACUGUAGCUAGCCCUCUGAAGGAUCAACACAACAAAACAGUGGAAUCCAUUGAAGCUGGUGUAGUUCUCAGUGAUCAAAGCAACAAACAUGGGGCGUCUAUGGAAGCUGCUAGUUCUCUUCAAAUUGAUCAGAACAACCAAGAAGUGGCAUCUACGGUAGGAGAUAGCCCUCAAGAUGAAAACAAGAAUAAAGAAAAUACCGUCUGAGAAAAGAGUCUGCUCCUCUAUUUGCUCCUUAUUUGUUUAUUUGAGGACAAUAAUUUAAUUCAUACCGGUUUAGGUGGUCGAAACAUACAUCAGUGGCUUAAUGUCAUGGAACUGUGCAGUAUACACAUUCUCAUUUCGAUUGCAUGAUGUAUAAACUGUAAGGAAAACCCUUCAGCAUUUCUUCUUGUUAUGAAUUAUGAUUAUUGACGAGUUUUGGCAA